AUGCUUAAGUCACGUUCUGGGACACAGGAAAAUUAUCUGUUCAAUUCUCCAGUGGGCUACUCCAAGAAACCACUUAUACCUCCACUAAUCAAUUCUUCCUGCCAAGAAAAAAAUGAAUUUCAUCCCAAUGAAAUACCCAAACGAAAUCGACUCGAUACACUUCCGUUCGAAGUACGGGCAAAAAUAGCCAACGAACUCAGCCAAUUUGAUUGUCUCAAUCUCCUCCGCACAAACAAAGCCAUGUACAUGUCUACGAUGCCUCGGCUCUACCAGCAUAUUGUCAUUGAUGAAAAUUACAGUCAAUUCAACAAGGAGAUAUCUUUCAAAUAUUAUGAAAAGACGGUGAAAAACAGACCAGAUUACCGCAAAGAGCACUCGUGUACUUUUGUCAAAAGCUCGUACAAUUUUCGGAGGUUGUUGACCCAUUACAUUCUGCUUUACGAGACCAAGUUCAAGUACUGCGAACCGUCGAAUAUUCCCACCAGCAGCUUUCCUUAUAUCAAGACAUUGAAGUGCCUCGAGCUCCCAGACUCCCUCAACACGUACGACCACGAACUUAAUGACCAAAUAAGUGAUUUUUUUACAACUUUGGUCCACCUUAGAGAACUCAUUUGGCUCAACGACAAUUUCCGACUAGAGUACUUGGGCAGUCUUCCCAAUACCAGCUCCAUACAAACGCUUGUUCUCAACAUAAAAUUCAGCAAUUACCUCUCGGAGCUCAGUUCCGAGCCUCCAGAACAUUCCGACUCAGAGCUGAUAUCCUCGGUUUCGUCGCUGAAACCAUUGACUUUUCCAAACAUCACCAACUUUCAAAUCCGACCAUUUCAGAACUCCACCCGGCUUCAGCGCAUUAUUAACAAUCUCCUAGUGGGGGAGAACAUCUCCCAGGUUCUGCAGAACCUCAGAGUGCUCAAAAUAGCUCGGUUUGACAAAGAUGUCAAUGUCUUGGUUCCGCCAUGUGGAGAGCUCGUUUCGGCGAAUUCUGACUCGUUGAACGAACUUGAUUUGCACACUAUCCGAUCUCUUUCAGAAAGCAAGUUGGAAUAUCUUUCAAACCUCCAAGUUCUACUGCUCAACAAUUGCCUAUUAUCACCCAGCGAUGCCGACCUUUUACUCAAGUCAGUCAACCUCAAAAAUCUCAAAACUUUGGAACUCAAAAAUGUAUCUGAAUACCAAAGAAUCACCCAAACAACAACUGAAGGUAUAGAGGACAGUUUUUUAACGAGAAUUUGUGAUCAUAUAGGCCAAUUGGAGCAUUUAGCUCUUGACUUCCGCGAAGCAUAUACAGACACCGUUUGGCUAUUUCUUUCCAAUUUGAAGUCUGAAGCUCUAAAAUCAUUGGACUUGAUCCUAAGAUACAACAGUACCAAGCUAGAGCAAUUUUCUAUGAAUGGACUCUACCUGUGCUAUGCUCAAUCACUUGUAUCAGGAAACAAGAAAGAAACCGUUACCAAACUUUCAAUUGAAAUCAAGCAAGAAAACCAAUUCUGUGACUUGAUUAUUCCACUUCCCUCCAACAAAUUCUACCAUGAAUUGAGUCAAUUCAAGCAACUUACAGCUCUAAGAAUCAAUCCCAAUGUGUCGCACGAUUGUCAUGAAGUGUUGCAAAUGGUGGAAUCUUUGCCAAAACUCAAAUUUCUUGAUGUCUUUGGAGCCCAAGCAGGCGGGGCACCCAAUCUUGGUUUAGGUAUGGUCCACCCUACCAUCUAUGACGACUGGUUUAAAGUUCAACAUGUUGCGAUUAUGUACUUUCACCAUAAUUCGCAGCUAAAAUAUAUCCGAAUUAACAGGUGUGUUUUCGAGCGAAAAGACGAGGUGAUUCCCCGAGACGGACUCGACGGCUGGUUCAGCCAAUUGGUGCGAGUGGGCUACAAUGUGGAUAUGUAA